AACCGGCUGCCAGGCAGCUCCAGGCCCCGCCUUGCGGGCUCUGCCGCCGGGCGCCCAGCCCUCCUCUUCCCCCGCGCCUUCCACGUGGGAGCGCGGGCAGGGCUCUCCGGCUCCCAGCGAGUUUCUUGCAGGGUGGAGACGCAGCGGAGCUUGACUGGCUGGCGGCAGCAGCAGCAGCGUCUUGAUUUCGUCCAUCCUGGAAGCCUGUCUGCGGGGGGAUCCGCUAGAUCCCUUUCCCUCCCGCCCUCGGCUUGUUAUUUCCCCCUGAGCUUUUCGCGCUCGGUCCGCGAAGGAGUCGAGGAGGAGCCGGCGGCGAAGGAUGUGGCUGCCAUCCCCGGCUGGAUCGAAGAAGUAAGAAGCGGAGGAAGGAGAAACUAAGGAGGGGAGCGGUGCUGUCUCCACCCGGGAGUCACCGGCCAACAUGUCUCUCAAGAAGGAAGGUGUGCAGAAGAAAUGGGCUGCCUUGAAGGAGAAGCUGGGUUCUCAGGACUCUGAUCAGACGGAGGCCAACCUAGAAAACGCAGAGCCGGAGCUGUGCAUCCGCCUUCUGCAGAUCCCAUCCGUGGUGAACUACUCAGGGCUCAAGAAGCGGCUGGAGAGCAGCGACGAUGGCUGGAUGGUCCAGUUCCUGGAGCUCUGCGGACUGGAUCUCCUGCUUGAGGCCCUGGACAGGCUUUCCGGGAGAGGGGUCUCCAGGAUCUCGGAUGCCCUGUUGCAGCUGACUUGCAUCAACUGCGUGCGAGCAGUCAUGAACUCUCAGAAGGGCAUCGAGUACAUUGUGAGCAAUGAAGGCUACGUCAGGAAACUCUCCCAAGCACUUGACACCUCGAACGUCAUGGUCAAGAAACAAGCGUUUGAGCUCCUGGCGGCUCUCUGCAUUUACUCAGUGGAUGGUCACGCUCUGGCGUUGGACGCCCUGGAUCAUUACAAGACGGUGAAGAACCAACAGUACCGCUUCAGCGUCAUCAUGAAUGAGCUCUCGACCACUGACAACGUGCCCUACAUGAUAACCCUCUUGAGUGCCAUCAACGCGGUCAUCCUGGGGACAGAAGAACUGAGAGCUCGGAUGCAGCUCCGCAAUGAGUUCAUUGGUCUCCAGUUGUUGGAUAUUUUAACCAAGCUGAGAGAUAUAGAGGAUGAGGACUUGCUUAUCCAGUGUGAAACGUUUGAGGAGGCCAAGUCCGAAGAUGAUGAGGAAUUGCUGAGGAUAUGCGAUGGGAUUGACAUGAGCAACCAUCAAGAGGUUUUCUCAUCACUGUUUAACAAAGUAAGCAGCUUUCCAGCCUCCAUCCAACUGCUGUCCAUUCUCCAGAGCCUCUUGCAUCUUGAACCUUCCCAUCGCUCCAGCCUGUUGCUGUGGGAAUCCUUAGAAAUCCUAGUAAGCAGAGCCAUCUUGCUUGCAAAUGACAUACAAGGCAACAGUGUGGAAGAAGUCAUGGAGAGGCUGCUGUCCAUCAAGAAGAGGCCAAAGAAAAGAAGCCCAGACUCCCGGCGAGGCGCCAACAAAGUGAAUGAGAGCACUCAGACCAAUGAUGCUUCUGAGGGUCUUCCAAACGCCUGCCAGAAAUGUCCUCUUCCCGCGACUUGCUCUUCCGGCGGCCCACCCAACCCAGAGGCUCCAAAUGUGUCUGAGAGCGUUAUGCCAUCCCAGCUACUGACCUGCUCGGCAUUGCCUGGGCAAAGCUCCGCUCCAUCGAGUGUCCCUCUAGUGCCACCACCUCCCCCUCCGCUUCCUGGAACAAGCUGCAUGGCAUCACAACAGCUGCCACCGCCGCCUCCACCGCCACCUCCAGCUCCCCCUCUGCCUGGCAUGGCGGGGGUCCCUCCCCCUCCUCCCCCUCUGCCUGGCAUGGCAGCGAUCCCACCACCGCCCCCACUCCCAGGUAUGCCACCUCCUCCACCCCCUCUGCCUGGUAUGACUGGGAUUCCUCCACCACCCCCGCUCCCUGGCAUGGGAGGUGUGCCACCCCCUCCUCCGCUCCCUGGCAUGGGAGGUGUGCCGCCCCCUCCCCCGCUCCCUGGCAUGGGAGGUGUGCCACCCCCUCCCCCGCUCCCUGGCAUGGGAGGUGUGCCACCGCCUCCACCCCUCUCAGGCAACGUGGAUGAAAUUGUGGUUGCCCGUGUCGAGGUCCCGCUUGGGUACAACAGGCCCUUCCACAAGAGGGUGAAGACUCCGACGCUAAGGAUGAAGAAGCUGAACUGGCAGAAGCUGCCCUCCAACGUGGUGAGAGAGGGGCACUCUAUGUGGGCUUCCGUGACAAGCAGUAGCGAGGAGAUCAUUGAGCCAGACUACACAAGCAUAGAACAAUUGUUUUGUUUCCCACAAACGAAGCCCAAGGAGAAACAGGCAGCCCCGGUGAAGGUGGAACCGAAGGAGAUCACGUUUCUGGAGUCCAAGAAGAGUCUCAAUUUGAACAUCUUUUUGAAGCAAUUCAAGUGCCCAAAUGUGGAGGUGGUUGACAUGAUCCAGAAAGGCGACCGAACGAAGUUUGACGUGGAGGUUCUCAAGCAGCUGCUGAAACUCCUACCUGAAAAGCAUGAAAUAGAAAACCUGAAAUCCUUCAAAGAAGAAAAGGACAAAUUAGCAAAUGCAGAUCAGUUCUAUCUUCUGCUCCUUGGGGUUCCUAGCUACCAGCUGCGGAUCGAGUGCAUGCUCAUGUGCGAAGAGACGGCCGUUCUGCUGGAGAUGCUGCAGCCCAAAGCCGAAACCAUCAGGAGGGCCUGUGAAGAUCUCCUCACCAGCCAACGGUUGCCUGUUUUCUGUCAGUUGAUCCUGAAAGUUGGAAACUUCUUGAACUACGGAAGUCACACGGGAGAUGCCGACGGCUUUAAAAUUGGCACUUUGCUCAAACUAACAGAAACUAAAGCAAACCAGACUCGCAUUACGCUGCUCCACCAUAUUUUGGAGGAAGUAGAAAAAAAUCACACAGACUUGCUGCAGCUUCCCAAAGACAUUGAAUAUGUUUCAAAGGCAGCAGGGAUCAACCUUGAUGUGAUACGUUCUGAAUCCAGUUCCAAUCUGAAAAAGCUGCAGGAUCUUGAACGGAAAUUGUCAUCAUCAACGGAAGACGUGAGAGCCCAGUAUGGAAAAGCCAUUCAGGAGAGCAUCAGCGCUAACAAGAAGUUGGAGGCCGAGUUCGAAGUCAUUGAAACGAAGAAAGUAAAGCUUGCCAACUACCUCUGCGAGGACCCAAACAAGUUGUCUUUGGAAGAUAUGUUUAACACCAUGAAAACUUUCCGGGAUCUCUACAUCAAAGCGUUAAAGGAGAACAAGGACCGAAAGGAGCAAGCAGCAAGAGCUGAGAAACGGAAGAAGCAGCUGGAGGAAGAAGAGGCGAAGAGGCAGAAAGGAGAAAAUGGAAAGAUCAUUAAGAAAGGAGCUGUGAAGCAAGACGAAGUGUGUGUUAUCGAUGCUUUGCUGGCUGACAUCAGGAAGGGGUUCCAGCUGAGGAAAACGGCCAGGAACAAAGCCGAUACAGACACACCCGCGAAGACAUCACCCAGUCAACCGCAGAAAGGGAAAGAAAAUGGCCAGCCUGCCAAAGACCCAGCGAAGGAGGAAGGGGGAAAGGAUGUGGUUGCACAAACUAAGCUCCAGAAUCAAGUAGAAAAAACAGCUUCGGAUGUUGUAACCCCAGUUAAGACACAGGAGGCUGUCGCUGACCCCGUGGCUUCUGACAAGCCCGUUCCCGAAGUGGGGAGUGGGAGAUGUUCUCCAACCCGGCCUGGUACUGAGACGAGUUCCUUGAAUUCAUUUCCACUAGAGGGAGGCGGAAAAUCAGGAAAUGGCGCAAACGUGCAAGAGGGGGCCGUCCCUUGUAGUGCCCAGGACAACGUGGACUUCAAUGACUUGGUGUUGUCCCAGUCGACCUCCUUCAUCAAGUUUGGGAGCAGCACCUCAGGCCUCGGAAGCGAAACUAUUUCAUUAAGCUCUGGAGACCCAGCUGGCGGAACAGAACUGGUUUGUUCGCAGAACGGCUUAAAUCCAAAUGACCAGGUGAGCGGCGCCGCCAGGAAAAGCGGCAGAAAGGAGAAAGAUCCUGGACAUACCACAGAGCUACUAACCCCAGAGGCGCCGAAGGAAGCGAUCAAGGAAAACAAAGAACCUUCUAUAGACUCUCUGGUGGACAUCUCUCAGGAGAAGUCCUUCUCGGAGGAGCCGGUGACGGAUUCUUCGUGCUCAGCAGCGGUCCCUCCGGAGCAAGCCCUUGCCGACAAGGAGGGCCAAAGGGGCUCCUCAAAGCGAAAGAAGAAGAAAAGGCACAGCAAGAGCAACUCAAUGGUUGACACUGAUUUAAAAGCGAUGGUUGAUACUGGAGAUAAUAAAGCAAAAAGAGGUUGUGAGUUGCAGUGAGGUGGCGCAGCGAGACAGAAAAAAUAAAAAGAAGCACAUUCUUCAGUAACAUAUGCUAUGGAAGGUAGCCAUGGUAACGGGGGUAGAGGUGGGGUUGUUUUUUUCUCCUAGGGUGACGGUGGGUAUUUAAUAGGUAGCACCCAGAUGCAAGAGAUUUCCAAACAUACGUGCCUUAUGCGAAGUUCUAAUUCUAUACAAACUCCCUCCCGGUUUCAUGCUGUUGCGACAGGCCUCUGGUCAGUGUCACACUGGAUGAACCACUCUGGGUAACUCACAGAUCGAAUGCCUGCAGAAGCCGAGGGAGAUGUGGCCUAAAUGGUGCCUCUAGGACCCAAUGGCAGGGAUAAUUCAAGCCAACACUGUCAACUUCCUAUUGGAAGUGCUUCCAUUAAAUGACUGUAUAAAUGGGCGCUGGCCAUUGAAAGAUAUGCGGGACCAAGGUUGUGUUGUUUGUUGUUUGUUACUGUUGUUACAUGAAAUGCAAAUGCUCUGCUGUGUCUGUUCCUACAAAGACCCACGCUCCUGUUCCAACUGAAAUAACAAAUUUGGCAAUGCUAUAAGGCCUCACCAGACUAAAGCAAGCAAGUUGUGCAGGAAGGCGAACAGGAAACCCCAAGAUCUUUUCCUCAAAGCUUACUCUUUCAAACUUGUAAACAUACCAAAUAAUACACAGUUCCCAUUUUAGGUAAUAGCACUGAUAUAUACUUUGUCAUGGAAGCCUUAGAGAACCCAACAGUCAGGAAGCUAAACAAGAACUUCAUUGAUGCUUAAGCAAGAACAGAACAGCAAAAGGAAGUGCCUGACUCCACUCAGAUACAACUAGAUCCAGUGCCACCUAGUGACUACACUUUAGAAUGACACUAUCCAUGCAGACCUAUUCUGCAUAAACUCCUAGCAUUUAUGCAUCAAACACAUCAUCUGCUGUGUCAAUGACGAGCCAUGGGCAGCUGCCACAGGUCAGCAGGGAGUUAAAGCCCAGGAAUACACAGAAACACUUUAGAGCCAGGAAGACCUUGUUGUUCAGUCAAGGUCCCAGCUCAAACAGGAAACCAUUUAUAGCCCUUCUGUGCACAGCCUGGAUGGGCAGGACCAGUCCAGAGUCUUAAGAAUACUUUACUGCCAGGAACAUACUCCAGUAUGUGGCUUUGAUAGCCUGCUUCCAACACGACAGCUGCACAGAGACAUACUAGCUCCACCAAAUCCUGACAUAGUGUUCCAUCUCCAUGGACAAUAAGUCCAUCAAUGGCUACUAGGCACAAUGGCUAUCUUCUGCCUCCACUGUUGUUGGGAAUCACAAGCAGGGAGAGUUCUGUUCUCAAGACCUGCUUGCGGGUUUCCCAUCAGCGUCAUGUUGGCCGCUAUGAGAACAGGGUCCUGGGCUUAGCCUGAUCACACAAGGACCUUCUUAUGUUCCUAUGUUCCAGUUACUUCAGACAAAAAGCCCAGUCUGCGCAGGCCUCUGAAUGAAGUGGUCAGGUCCUAAAGAGAUAAAAUGGGGCUGCAUGACUUCAGAACGAGGUGAUGUUUUUGGAUGCUGCCUUAUAUAUAUAUAUUAUUUUUAAAAUCCCUGGAAGUAGAAAACUAGCACAGCUGGCUUGGCUAAAUCUCCUUCCCCCUGGGGAGUGGCAGUUUUGAAUGCAGGCUUGCAUUUUAUUUUUUUAAAAAAAAGAGAGAAAUCCCUGAAAGUCGGAAGCUAACACAAAAAAACCCAGCUAAAGCCCUUUUCUCUAGAUAAGCUAGUUGCUAUAAACUGAAGUCCGUUCAAAAGCUAUGACCACCCCCUUCCUGCAGCCUGAAGUGGUAAUAGUCGAUUCUGCCUCACAUAGGACAGAUCUAAACUCAUGGUUUAUAAAGUUAAGGAAUGGUUUUCAUAACACAGAUGGACACAUUGCACCCUACUUUUAACGUUCAUAAUGCAUUAUUAAAAUGUGGCACAAGAGGGCGCUGCAGAGCAACCAGGAACUGGCAGUAGGGAAACAGCAUUUUUACGGAGAAAACAAGGUGUGGAAAUGCUUUAGAAUUGCCAGAAUGCCCUGUGAUGUUUUGGAAUGAUAUAUCGUUCUAAUAACAUUAAACAGGUCAGUGUAGAUCCAGCCUGAAUCAGCUGCACUCUUGACUGGGAGGGUGUCGUAACUCUUUUCCUGCCUUCAGCUCAGCAACACACGAACCCUGCGCCCCACAACUCUGUGUGUCUUUGCCAGAAAAAACACUUGCCAAAGUAUUAACAUCCUUAACUCCCUAAAAGCGUUUCACUCAAAACCUUUCCAUGAGAAACCUCUGGAUUUCAAAACCUGCUUUGUUUGGGGUUGUUGUUUUUCACUGCCUAAACUCGAGGGAUUCUGUACAGGCUAUGUGGCUUUAAUGAACUUAAAACCUUUUGGUGUUCACUAAUUGGAACCUUACAUAAUCUAUCCUAAGAAGUGAUUUACGUCAUUGUUUAUUUCUGUUGGAUAUGUACAUAGCUGCCCCCCUUCUGUAUAUUUUACCCAGGUGACAUUGAAAUAUUACGUUGAAAGUAUGGAAAUAAUUUUAUAUGCUGAGCUUAGUAACAAUAUUAAUUGCACAAAUUCUUGUUAAUGACUUACAAGAGGCUAGACGCUCUGCUGAACUGAGAUGGGUGUCGUAUGGUGGCUUAUUUUGCCUAACACUGACUCAGAGGGCAGCCAGUUCUGACCAUUUCUUUUAGGUGAUCACAGGAUUUCAUUUUGUCGAAAAGAUCACAAGAAUACUUAGGGCACCUUAAAACUGAUUGUGCAUGUCAUAUUUGGAGAUGGUUUUGUUUGCAAAGUCCUGUUAUCUAGCCCUGACCUAGCUUUGGAAAAGCUAGGCAUUUAUCUCCCUGUGGCCAACCACCUAGGCAAAACCCCAAAAAGCAGGUCAGGGCUUGAUCUCUGCAAGGCAUAGUGAGCAGAAAGGGACACAUUUCAGGCAAACAACAGAGCACCAGACCAAACUCAUGGACCAAACAAAUGCAUAGACAAUAGGGGGCUAUGGGGCUGGAUUGAGGGAAGACCAAUGCUCAGUGGUAGACCAUCUGUCUGGCAUGCAGAGGUUUCUAGGUUCGUUCCCAGCCUCUCCAAGUAGAGUUGGGGGUGUCACCUGCCAGAGACCCCAGAAAAGCCACUGCCAGUCCAAGAAGACAAUACUGAGCUAGAUGGAUGAAUGGUCUGUUCAAUAUAAGGUAGUGGGUUUCGCCGCUGCUGCUCUCCUCUAGGGUAACCAGAUGCAAAGAGGGAUGGACUCCUGUACCUUCAAUUGAGUGGAACAGAGUGUAGCUGCGGUCAAACAUCCCUGCAUUCCAGGUUGUACCUGCCACACUUCCUGUUACUGUACAGUGUUACUGUCCCUCCACCAACCCAAGAUGGAAGAAGCAGGAAUUCAGUGGGACUUUGGUAGAAAGCCUUGGUUUUUAAGGAAGAGGGCAGCCUUGUCCAGCUCUGGGUGGACUAAUGAUGAUUUCACAACGUAACUUCUCCAACUCUGUGUAUAUGCCUACUUCCUGAGUGCAAUAAACUGGCUUAUAUUAAAUAUA